GGGAAUGAUAGGGAGAGGGAAGGCGGGAGCGGCAAGCCCCGGCGGGCGCGCACGGCCUUCACGUACGAGCAGCUGGUGGCGCUGGAGAACAAGUUCAAGCACACGCGGUACCUGAGCGUGUGCGAGCGCCUGAACCUCGCCCUGGCGCUGAACCUGACGGAGACGCAGGUCAAGAUCUGGUUCCAGAACCGCCGCACCAAGUGGAAGAAGCAGAACCCGGGCUGCGACGUCAACACGCCCACGCAGCCGCCCAGCCCGCCCGACAUGCUGUCCUACCCCGGGGGAUUCCUGCCGCAUCCGGGCCCGCCCCUCUUGUGCCCCGCGCCCCUGGCCUACCUCGGGGGGCACGCGCCGCCCACCGCCACCGCGUUCCCCGCCCAGGGCGCCCUCACAGCUCUCUACCUCCACCACCUCAAGAACUGACCCACCUCACGCUGCUAGUCACGCCCGCGUCCUCCGUCGCGGGCGCCAGGUGGCACGAGCUGUUCCUCGGGCAUCGGGCGGGCACGCGGCACGAGUGGGCGCAGGCUCUCCUACGCCCGUCCCGCCUCUCCCAGGGCGCCCACGGCCACGCCCAAAUAACCUCGUGGACGAUA